AUGAUUACUUCUAGAAAAAUUCUUCGACUCAAAAAUAAUGAGCAUUUACCGGUGAUUACUCUUGCAAUCACAAUUGUUGUUGUUAUUCAUCUUUGUAACACACAUGAUGAAAGAACGGCUAACCAAUACAUAAUGGAAGAUAAUGAGAAACAAAAUCCUAAAUUAUGUCCCCUCUAUCCGUCUACUCUGCAAGGGAAUCAAUUAAUUGAUAUGUCGCCCGAUAUGGAAUGGACAGAUGUUGAAAAACACGUAAAAUAUGUGCAAAAAGGUGGACUAUAUGCUCCAAGUGACUGUACACCUCGACAACAUCUUGCUAUUAUAAUUCCAUUUCGGAAUCGUGAAUUUCAAUUGAAAAUACUUUUACGUCAUCUUCAUCCUGUUUUACAACGACAAAAACGAUCUUAUCAAGUAUUUGUUGUAGAACAGUUCGGCAAUGGUACUUUUAAUAAAGGUCUAAUCAUGAAUGUAGCAUUUGAUUAUGCAUCAAAAAUAUCUACAUCAGUAUUCAAUUGCUUUAUGUUUCACGAUGUUGAUCUUAUACCAGAAAAUGAUUUUAAUGUAUACGAAUGUGAUUCACAUGGACCACGACAUUUAGCACCGGCCGUUGAUGAAUUACGCUAUUUCUUAAUGUAUAAUGACUUGAUUGGCGGUGUUCUUGCUGUGACAAAAGACCAAUUUAGCAGAGCAAAUGGUUGGUCAAAUUUAUAUUGGGGCUGGGGAUUCGAAGAUGAUGAUAUGAAUCACAGAUUACGUCAUGCGGGCUAUCGUAUUAGCCGACCACCUAACUCAAUUGGCCGUUAUAAAAUGAUUCGCCAUCAAAAACAAGUACCUUCAUUUAGCAGAUAUGAAACACUGAGUAAAUGGCUCCGUUAUUCUUAUGAUGGCAUUCGGCAGCUUAAUACACUAGAUUAUUCGAUCAUGUUAAAAAAGCGUUUCAAUUUAUCGCUCGUCGUAUUUCAUCUACUAUUGCAACUAACAUUGACUUUCGUUUCGUCUCUACAAUGGUCUCUAUUAGUGAUUUCGUGUAUUGGCUACUCAAUUCUGUUAUAUAAGCAAUAUUAUCAAUCGAAUGAUUUCUCUCCCUUAUGCAAUCAUUAUCUAUCAUCAAUAAUUUUUACUAUUAUUCACUUUAUAUUUGUUCUUUCUUAUAACAAAAUUCUUCCAUGGGAAAUUGGUCUUGUUGUUUUGUUCAUAUUACUUAUUCUUCAUUAUGCUCGACGGCUAGGUGCAUCGAUAUUUAGAUGGGAUCUUACUUGGUUACCUCUGGGUCAUCAACAAGAAUAUGAUUCCAUUAUGUCUAUUGUCGUAGUUAAAUUUUUCAUUUCAAGCCUGCUUCUCUUUGGAUAUACAUGUCAAUUGUGUCUAACAACAGUUUGCACACCGUCGAUAUAUUUCAAUUGGUUUCUUGUUGUUACUGAUUGCCGUUAUACAUACUCAUAUCUACUUUCGAGCUAUACGUUCGCCGGUGGCAUACUCAUAUCAUUAUCUUGGACAAUUGUGUCGCUUGUUCAUUUGAUUGCUCAUCGGUUCAAAUCUUAG